CAUAUUUAUGUCAUGUAAGGAAAUGAAAGAAUUGUAAAAGUCCGAACGAAUGCGGAUUUUAUAGUUAAAUAAACUAAACAACCAGUAUUUAUAUUUAUUCUCAUUAGUUAAGGAUAAAAUGGAGCUCAACGAUGUUAUAGUAAACCAGCCCGUGGUUAUAGAUAAUGGCUCUGGAGUUAUAAAAGCAGGUUUCGCCGGUGAUCAAAUACCGAAAUGUCGCUUUCCGAACUAUAUCGGGCGUCCGAAACAUGUAAGAGUCAUGGCGGGAGCUUUAGAAGGAGAGUUAUUCGUGGGCCCUCGCGCUGAGGAGCACCGUGGCCUGCUCAGCAUCAAAUACCCUAUGGAACAUGGGAUAGUCACCGAUUGGAAUGAUAUGGAAAGAGUUUGGAAUUAUAUUUAUAGUAAGGACCAACUAUCAACAUUUGCGGAAGAGCACCCAGUUCUAUUAACGGAAGCACCUCUGAACCCACGUCGUAAUAGAGAAAAGGCAGCGGAAGUAUUCUUUGAAACAUUCAAUGUGCCCGCUUUAUUUUUAUCUAUGCAGGCUGUACUUAGUUUGUACGCGACAGGUCGUACGACAGGCGUGGUACUAGACUCAGGAGACGGAGUCACCCACGCUGUACCGAUUUACGAAGGGUUUGCGAUGCCUCACAGCAUCAUGAGGGUUGAUGUAGCUGGUAGAGAUGUCACCAGGUAUUUGAGACUGUUAUUACGUAAAGAAGGUGUAAAUCUUCGUACAUCAGCUGAGUUGGAGAUAGUCAAAGCUAUCAAGGAACGAGCUUGCUACCUCUCACCCAAUCCGUUGAAGGAGGAGACAUUGGAUUCAGAACGGGCUCAGUAUACUCUGCCUGAUGGGACAUUACUUGAGAUAGGCCAAGCGAGAUUCAGAGCUCCGGAGGUACUUUUCAGACCUGACCUCAUCGGUGAAGAAUGUGAAGGUCUCCACGAAGUACUAAUGUUCUCUAUACAAAAAUCUGAUAUGGAUUUACGUAAAGUUUUGUACCAGAACAUUGUGUUAAGCGGUGGGUCAACUCUCUUCCGUGGAUUUGGUGAUCGUCUCCUCGCGGAGAUACGAAGACUCGCACCUAAAGAUAUGAAGAUCAGGAUCUCAGCACCGCAAGAGCGACUUUACUCAACAUGGAUCGGGGGUUCGAUUCUCGCGUCACUCGACACAUUCCGUAAAAUGUGGGUAUCUAAACGAGAGUACGAUGAAGAGGGACAAAGAGCGGUCCAUCGCAAGACUUUCUAAACGCUUUUAGACUCUGUUUCCACUAAGCGAUUAGUCACUGACGCGUAAAAAUGACGCACGUCUUUAAAUUCACAUUUAGAAGCUUAUAAAUAAUAAAAAAAAACUAAUAAAAAAGAAUAGUAGUAAAUAAUUAUAAUAAAGAGUUCAAUUAAAUGAUAGACUAACGACAAUUUAUGCUAAAAAUCAUAGUAAAACACCCUUUAUCUCAAAUAACUAUAGAACCUGCAAAUAUCAGGAAACAAUUUUCAAAGAUAUGUGUGAAUUCAAGGUAGAACAAGCACAGCUCCAUCCGCCACGUUCCAUCUUCCAAAUUAGCGAAAAGUGUAUUCUGUAAGUUUUGGUCCAUGGUCUCUGCCUACCCCUCUGGGUUGUAGGCGUGAUUGCAUAGUUGUGUGUAUUUUAAAAUAAUGGCCGUGAUGUUUCUUUAUUUACUUAAUUUAUACUUUCAAUUGAAACUAAGGAUUGUUUUGGUUUUUCAAUAGUGGAAAUAUUGCACUUCAUCAUCAGCUCACUAUACGUCCCCAUUGAGGGGCUCGAAGCCUACACUAAGUUAAGGUUGAUUAGGC